GCAAAGUUGCCCGGGACUCCAGGAGCGUCGCUGCGGACGCUGGAGAGCAGGCGCUCGUCUCCGCCUGCCCUGCGUCCUCCGCCGCUGACUGGCCGGAGCCCGGUCGCCCCGUCGCUCCGAGGUACCCUGAGGGCAUGCGGCAGCCGCCGAACUCUCGGCUCCCGGGCUCGGCGGCGCGGGCGAGCGAGAGCGGAUGUGCAGCUCCUCUCCACAAUGAACGAGUGUCACUAUGACAAACGGAUGGAGUUCUUCUACAACAGGAGCAACACGGACACUGUGGACGAGUGGACCGGGACAAAGCUUCUGAUCGUCCUGUGUGUCGGGACAUUUUUCUGCCUCUUCAUAUUUUUCUCUAACUCCCUGGUCAUUGCAGCUGUGAUCACGAACAGGAAGUUCCACUUUCCCUUCUACUACCUGCUGGCUAACUUAGCUGCUGCGGACUUCUUCGCGGGCAUCGCCUAUGUGUUCCUGAUGUUCAACACGGGCCCAGUGUCGAAAACCUUGACUGUCAACCGCUGGUUCCUCCGCCAGGGGCUCCUGGACGCCAGCCUGACCGCUUCUCUGGCCAAUCUGCUGGUGAUAGCGGUGGAAAGGCACAUGUCAAUCAUGAGAAUGCGGGUGCACAGCAACUUGACCAAAAAGAGGGUGACCCUGCUCAUCCUGCUAGUGUGGGCCAUUGCCAUCUUCAUGGGGGCGGUCCCCACCUUGGGCUGGAAUUGCCUCUGCAACAUCUCUGCCUGCUCUUCUCUGGCCCCCAUUUACAGCAGGAGUUACCUCAUUUUCUGGGCUGUGUCAAACCUCCUGGCCUUCUUCAUCAUGGUGGUGGUAUAUGUGCGCAUUUACAUGUACGUCAAGAGGAAAACCAACGUGUUGUCUCCACACAUGAGUGGCUCCAUGAGCCGCCGAAGGGCUCCCAUGAAGCUCAUGAAGACGGUGAUGACUGUCUUAGGUGCCUUCGUGGUGUGCUGGACCCCAGGUCUGGUGGUGCUGCUGCUGGAUGGCCUGAACUGCAAGCAGUGCAACGUGCAGCACGUAAAGCGCUGGUUCCUGCUGCUGGCGCUGCUCAACUCGGUCAUGAACCCCAUCAUCUACUCGUACAAGGAUGAGGAUAUGUACAGCACCAUGAGGAAGAUGAUCUGCUGCGCCCCGCAGGACAGCAAUGCCGAGAGGCGCCCCUCCCGCAUCCCCUCCACCAUCCACAGCAGGAGCGACACCGGCAGCCAGUACCUGGAAGACAGCAUAGGCCACGGCUCCUAAGCCAAGGAGGUCUCUGCCCGCUUCCUCUGGGGAAAGAGCUGCUAAGGAUACGCGCCCGUCUAACAAAGCCCAUGCGCAGACAGUGUUGUCUGAGGUCCGAGGUCUGAGGUCUCCAUGCUGGGGUUACAAAGUUUUCGUUUUCAAGGAAGAUAAGAUACUGCGUUUAGUGAAAGUUCACAGGAAAGGGAGACAGAAAUAUUGGACUCCUGCUUGCUGUCUGUGAACAUCUCAAGUCAUCCUCCUGUUCCAGGCUCUGCCGCCAUCUUGCCACCAUUACCUUCAUGUUUUCAAAGACGAUGAAGGGUCUAGGUCAAAAGAAAUAAUAAAUAGUCAUACUUGAGCCUCCUUGUGUAGCUGCUAGACACUAGGUAGCUGUUUCUGCUUGCAUUUAAGAUGUCUGAAGAUGCUUUAGCAGUGGGCUUCGUUUUCCCCAAAGAAUCCUUGGCCAGAAACUGGAUGUACUGUAGGAUUCUGGGAAAAGCCAGUACAGGCUCUGGAGUAAACUUGAUUUACAACCAGAUGAACUUUCUGAGGAAACACAUUUACUGAAAAGAACACUGAAAAUAUGGAAAUAUUGACGUUCUUCUGGGGCGUAGAGUCUUUUGUCCUCUAGGUACACGAGGCUAUGAGCUCUGCGUGGGUGUACAAUUCAGCUGCUUUGUAAAGAGUCAAGUCAGUGAUGGUGAGCUGAAUUCACAGCCUCCUAGACUUUCCAGUCCGAGCUAGUGGCCUUAGAAAGAACUUUUCUCAACAAGGAGAGAAAAAGUGUUCACUUCUAAAUGGGCAACCGUAUCACAGAGAAAAUGAUAGCAUUGACAGGCAGGCUGGACCUCUCUGAAACAAUGUGGAGUAUGAGCAUGACUGGAGCCUCAAUCUGGGCUAUCUGGACACCACUGGUAGGCUUGCUGGACUCAGUGUGCAAGGUAAUUGCAUAGCUAGUAGUUUGCCCAAAUCUGCCAGCGUACUCUAUCUUCCUU